AUGACUAGAACGGAGACCACAAGACGUCACUGGCGCGUACUACGCAAUGCGCUGCUGCAUUCCACCAGCAAUGAGACAUGUGUAUCAUCAACUGAUGUAUAUGAUACAACUGCAUCGUCCAUUGCCACUGAUUUCUUUUCUCUAUAUCAAAAGACUGAGGUUGAUACAGUACAACUUUUACGGAUGCAUUCUCCUUUACAAGCGAAUUUUACAUGGAUGGUCUAUGAUGUACCAGUUGAAGCAAAUAAAACCAAGAAAAUAUAUGUGCAUGAGAAGCGCAAUGAUAUAAAGCCACGCGUAUCAAUGGCGGAGCUGCUGAGCCAUCAAGUAAAUCAUGGCGUGGACAACACGGGCAACAUCCGGACGUGGCCGUCUGAGCAGGUUCUAUUGUCCUACUUACUGUCUAGCAAUGUGUGUUUACAAGUACAGCGACGAGAUGCAACUGGCAAUUAUCUACCCAUCACGUGUUGUGAAUUGGGCAGUGGCAUGGCAGGACUUGCUAGCUUAGGACUGCUUGCUUGUCCACCAGUAAAGCUUCAACGGAUUGUAGUGACAGAUGGCAACCCAUUGUCGGUGAAGAACUUGCAGCUAUGUAUUGAAGAGAACAAGAUCCAUCAUGUGAAUUCAAUUUAUGAUGAAAGUGUCGUGAUUUCAACCGAGUUAUUGCGUUGGGACCGCAACGUCCGCUGUUGCAAGGACUUGGAGCACCAGUUUGAUCUCGUGUUUGCCAGUGAUUGUCUAUUCUUUGAAGAUUUCCACCAAGACCUCGCAUAUACGAUCAAGAGUCUCUUACGUCCUAAAUCAGGACGGUGUUUAUUGUUACAGCCACGCCGUAAUGGUUCCAUGGAGCGUUUUUCCAUGAUUGCCAAGUGUUAUGGUUUUAGUAUUCAAGAAUCCCGUGAUUAUGAUCCUCACAUUGUCUGUCAACAUGUCGAAUAUCAGCAAACGCGGUGUGAUUACGUAUGUGACGUGCAUUAUCCCGUCCUAUUAACACUCACACUUGAUAAUGAUGAUGAGUAA